AUGUCAAGCCCAGAAGGUUUUGCAGCUGUGUUUUACAGUGAACCCUCAGUCUUGGGCUUCCUAGCCAAUGUCAUCAGCGCCUUGCUCGUGUGCUUGCAGAAUUUCUUCUGGACUUACACCAGCAUCCAACCCCAGGGGAUUGAAAACAUCCUCGCAGGGGUCCACCUUAUUCUGAUAGGAGGGUUCUCCCAGCUGUUGGCGGGAUUCCUCUCGUUCCGGAAAUACGACCACCUGGGCGGGACGGCAUUUCUGGCUUUCGCUGGUCUGUGGAGCAGCUACGGGGCCACUCGAAUCAUUUCAGGGGCCUACCCCCUCCACACCAACCUGAGCGAUGCCGCUCUUCAUCAUUCAACGGCCACCGCCAUUCCGACCGUCAGGGAGGACGUGCUCCCGGGGCUGGUGGCUUAUAUUUUCAUCUCGUUUAUCCUGGCCUUCUGCUCGGCCACCGUGAACUACGUCAUGCCCUUCGUCUUUGGGGCCAUAACCCUCACCCUUGUGUUUGAGACAGUGGGCCUGUUUGGAGCGUGGGCCUUGGUGGUGUCUGGGGUCCUGGAGCUGGUCAUCGUCAUCUGUGGGCUUUACGGCGCUUCCGCUCUCCUGUUCAAGGGCAUCACCCAGAGGUUUGUACUCCCCGGGUUCGGAAACCCUCUUUUCAACGUCUUGCUGUUGGGGUCUGCCAACCUCACCUCCUCCAAGAGCAUCGGCGAAGAGAAGAAGAAGAACACAAAGUACGCUGAGCCCAUGGCCCUGAGCAACUUGUGUGACACCAUCUCCCCUUUCGUAUUUGCCUUCUUCUGCUUUGGAUAUUCAGACGUCUUCUACCUCGGGGCGGUGUGGAUCACCAUCAACUCCUUCGGUCAGCUCCUCUCCAGCUAUUACGGCUACUUGCGAGACGAUGCCUAUCACACGACCAAGUUUGGAGUUCAUAGCCUUUAUUGGCUGGUGCAGUCGUGGGAACAGUUCACCCUGACGGUUUCCAUCAGGUCCCAGGAUGUGCAGGGGAGCAGGGAGGGAAUGCUUGGGGAUUGGUUUUUCUUGAUCGUCGCCUGCACCCUCUCCCUGGCGUCUUUCAAUAAGGAUGUUUUAGAGGUCGUCCAAAAUGGCCUCUUUGUGCUCCUAACUAUAUCCACUAUCCAUCAGAUACCAGUCAAGGAAGGGUACAUAUUCUUUGGUGUCGCUUGCUGCCUCUUCUUAGCCGCUUCCCUGUAUGCCACUUUCGCUCGCCUCAUUAACUCCAUUGGCGAAAAGGCCCUGGUCCCUGUUGGUCCCCAGCUGGUAUCAAGUGCGACCCUUGAGAAAUUCCUAGGCUUUCUCAAAAGCCGCCUCACCGGAACUCAGGAUUUCUCAGAUACUACCAGCUGUCAGGUUUCUGAGGCCUUGUUCUACAUCUGCAAUGGAAUGGCUGCCCUCUCCGCCAUCCAAGGCGCUCCGAACGAUCCCGUUCGGCAACACCUCGGUAUCCCCGCCGUGCUGAUUCCCGGAGCCGUAUUGCAGCUGUAUGUGGCCAGGAUUCAAGUCCAGAGAGGGAGAAGGUUUGGGGCGGUCCUGCCUUUCUGCUACGCGGCCAUCUGGGCGACCUGGACCUGGCUUCGAUUUGCAGGUCAUCUGCUGAACAUCAAUCCUGAGAGUGAUGGAGGAUUCACAGCAGGGGCUGUUGCCUUUUUAGUGGUCAACGUCUUUUUGAUCCUCUUGGCUUCCCAAUCCUACUUAGUGUUGCUCCUUCUGACUUUAAACAUGGAGAUCUUGAUUGUCUGUUUCCUUCUUUUCACCCUGGAAAGAUUACCUCUGCCCCUUGAGAUUGCGAUGUUAGCUCUUUUCUGUGCUAUCUGCAUCUACGGGACUUUGGCCUCUCUCGUCAACUGCGUAUUUGGCAAAGAUCUUCUUCUGAUGGGACCCUCUCUCUUCCUGGGGAAGAAACGGAAACAGGAAACCAAAUUAUCACCACCAUGUGUGUGCCCUCUCUCCCAUCGGACCAGCAGUUUGAGGAUCAUCGCAAAGCUGUUGGAUGAUGGAGGGGUGUGCGGAGUACCCACCGACACGGUAUACGCCCUGGCAGCCUCAUGUAAACACUCAGAAGCCAUUGAGAAGAUCUACAGAAUCAAGGACAGACCUCAAGACAAGCCUAUCUGCAUCUUCAUCUCCAAUUUAGAACAGUUGCGAGCUGCCAAUCCUCCCUUCACCCCCCUGCUCUGGGACUUCAUGGCCAGCAUUUAUCCUGGAAGCAUUGGCUGCAUUGUCAAGAAGGGAGAAUGGGUGAAGAAGUUGGGUGUCGGAGCUGGUUUUGACCGAGUGGGCACCAAAGACAGCAUCAUGAUUCGAGUGCCUGACCAGACGGUCGUGGUCCACCUCGUUGAAAUGACCGGCCCCCUGGCCGUCACCUCGGCCAACCCCAGUGGAGAGAGCGACAGCACCCAUCACGAAAUGGUCAUCUCUCGCCUUGGACACAAACUAGAGGGUGUUCUUUGUGACGGAGAGUCCGAUGAAGUGCUGGCAUCCACUGUGGUCAAUUGCCUGAGAAUAGAAGAAGGCACCAUCACCAUCCUGCGGGAAGGCUGUGUGCCAGCGGCCAAGGUGAUGCAAAUAUUUGAACAAGCAAAAAGCCGAGCAAUAUGAAUCCAAGGGGCAAAAAGAAUAAUGCUCUUCAGUACACCUAAUACCGGAAACCAAAGUCUUGUCUGAAACACCGCUAUCCAUUUUUGGUACAUUCUCCAGGCCGCAGAUAUAUAAUAUUUUGCUGUUCCUUCUUCUUCACUCUGAAACAUGUCUUAGAUAAUAAUAAU